GGGGGCGCCGGGCGCGGGCGGCCCCGCGGGCGCAGGUCUCGCUCAUCAGCACAUCUUUCGUGCUCAAGGGAGACGCGACGCACAACCAGGCGAUGGUGCACUGGACGGGCGAGAACAGCAGCGUGAUCUUGAUCCUGACGAAGUACUACCACGCAGACAUGGGGAAGGUCCUGGAAAGUUCCCUGUGGCGGUCAUCAGACUUUGGCACGUCCUACACCAAGCUCACCUUGCAGCCCGGCGUCACUACCAUCAUCGACAACUUCUACAUCUGCCCAACUAACAAGAGAAAGAUCAUCCUGGUGAGCUCCUCGCUCAGCGACCGCGAGCAGAGCCUCUUCCUGAGCACCGACGAGGGCGCCAGCUUCCAGAGGCAGCCCAUCCCCUUCCUUGCGGAGACCCUCCUCUUCCACCCCAGGGACGAGGACAAGGUCCUGGCCUACACCAAGGAGAGCAAGCUCUACGUAUCGUCUGACCUGGGGAAGAAGUGGACGCUUCUGCAGGAACAAGUGACCAAAGACCAUGUGUUCUGGGCGGUGUCUGGGGUGGACGCUGACCCUGACUUGGUCCACAUGGAGGCCCAGGACCUCAGUGGAGGCCUUCGCUAUGUCACCUGCCAGAUCCACAACUGCUCCGACAGGACGCUCGCGGCCCCGUUCCCCGGCCCCAUUGACCACGGCUCCCUGACCGUGCAGGACAACUAUGUCUUCCUCAAGACAACCUCAACAAACCGGACCAAAUACUACGUCUCUUAUCGUCGCAGUGAUUUCGUCCUGAUGAAGCUGCCCAAGUACGCACUGCCAAAGGACCUGCAGGUGAUCAGCACGGAUGAGAACCAGGUGUUCGUGGCGGUGCAGGAGUGGUACCAGACAGACACCUACAACCUGUACCAGUCAGACCCGCGCGGCGUGCGCUACGCGCUGGUGCUGGAGGACGUGCGCAGCUCGCGGCAGGCCGAGGAGAGCGUGGUCAUCGACAUUCUCGAGGUCAGAGGGGUGAAAGGGGUCUUUCUGGCGAACCGGAAGGUUGAUGGGAAGGUGAUGACACUCAUCACCUACAACAAGGGCCGUGACUGGGACUUCCUGAGUCCGCCCAGCAGUGACAUGAACGGGAAGCCGACCAACUGCCAGCCGCCUGACUGCCACCUGCACCUGCACCUGCGCUGGGCGGACAACCCCUACGUGUCAGGCACCGUGCACACCAAAGACACUGCCCCAGGCCUCAUCAUGGGUGCAGGUAACCUGGGCUCACAGCUGGUGGAGUACAAGGAGGAGAUGUACAUCACGGCGGACUGCGGGCGCACCUGGCGGCAGGUGUUCGAGGAGGAGCAUCACAUCCUCUACCUGGACCACGGCGGCGUGAUCGUGGCCAUCAAGGACACCUCCAUCCCUCUGAAGAUCCUCAAGUUCAGCGUGGACGAGGGCGUCACGUGGAGCACGCACAACUUCACCGGCACCUCGGUGUUCGUGGACGGGCUGCUGAGCGAGCCGGGAGACGAGACGCUGGUCAUGACGGUCUUUGGCCACAUCAGCUUCCGCUCCGACUGGGAGCUGGUCAAGGUGGACUUCCGGCCCUCCUUCUCCAGGCCAUGUGGUGAGGACGACUAUGCCUCCUGGAACCUCGCCAGCCUCCAGGGCGACCAGUGCAUCAUGGGCCAGCAGCGGAGCUUCCGGAAGAGGAAGCCGGCGUCCUGGUGCGUCCAGGGCCGGACCUUCACCUCGGCACUCAGGGCGCACGUGUGCCAGUGCCGAGACUCAGACUUCCUCUGCGACUAUGGGUUCGAGCGCACGCCCUCCUUGGAGCCUGGCGCCAAGUGUGCGGCCAACUUCUGGUUCAACCCCCUGUCCCCACCUGACGACUGCGUGGUGGGCCAGACCUACACCAGCAGCCUCGGGUACCGGAAGGUGGUGUCCAACGUGUGCGAGGGUGGUGUGGACCUGCAGCGGGGCCCGGGGCCACUGCCGUGUCCCCUCAUGCCACCCCGGGGCCUGCGGGUGAGCAUCCGUGGCGAGGCGGUGGCCGUGCGGCCUGGAGAGGACGUGCUGUUCAUGGUGCAGCAAGAGCAGGGCGAUGUCCUGACCACCAAGUACCAGGUGGACCUGGGGGACGGCUUCAAGGCUAUGUACGUGAAUCUCACACUGACCGGUGAGCCCAUCCGGCACCGCUACGAGAGCCCUGGUGUCUACCGUGUGUCCGUCAGGGCAGAGAACAUGGCGGGGCAUGACGAAGCUGUGCUCUUCGUGCAGGUCAACUCCCCCCUGCAAGCCCUCUACCUGGAGGUGGCCCCCGUCAUUGGCAUCAACCAAGAUGUGAACCUCACAGCUGUGCUGCUACCCCUGAAUCCCAACCUCACUGUCUUCUACUGGUGGAUCGGCCACAGCCUGCAGCCCCUCCUCUCCCUGGACAACUCUGUGACCACGCGGUUUGCGGCCCCGGGGGAAGUGCGUGUGACGGUGCAGGCGGCCUGCGGGAGCUCAGUGCUGCAGGACUCCAGGGUGGUCCGCGUGCUGGAUCAGUUCCAGGCACUGCCUCUGUACUUCUCCCAGGAGCUAGACGCCUUCAACCCCAACACGCCCGAGUGGAGGGAGGACGUGGGCCUGGUGGUCACCCGGCUGCUCUCCAAGGAGACCAGUGUCGCUGAGGAGCUGCUGGUGACAGUGGUGAAGCCGGGGUUGCCCACCGUGGCUGACCUGUAUGUGCUGCUCCCCCCGCCCAGGCCCACGAGGAAGAGGAGCCUCUCGAAUGACAAGAGACUCACAGCCAUCCGGCAGGUGCUGAGCGCCCAGAAGAUCAGCUUCCUCCUGCAGGGCGGGCUGCGCAUCCUGGUGGCCCUGAGGGACACGGACACAGAGUCGCAGAGGCUGGGCAGCAGUGGGGGAUACUGGGCCGUGGUGGUCCUCUUCGUCGUGGGGCUCUUUGCGGUGGGCGCCAUCGUCCUCUACAAGUUCAAAAGGAAACGCCCAGGCAGGACGGUGUACGCACAGAUGCACAACGAGAAGGAGCAGGAGAUGACGAGCCCCGUGAGCCACAGUGAGGACGCGCCGGGCGCCAUGCAGGGCAACCACUCCGGUGUGGUCCUAAGCAUCAACUCCCGGGAGAUGCACGGCUACCUGGUGAGCUGAUGCCCGGCCAGUGCUCGCCUCCCGCCGACCGACCGCGGGGCUCAGACCACUGCUGCCACUGGAGCAACGUCCCGAGACCUGCCCAGAGGCCACCUCCGCCAGCCCCCUACAGGAACAGGCCUCCUCCCUGUUCAGCCCACACCCAUCCAGGUCACAGAGGCUCAGGAGCAGACCCAGCCCUGCAGGAGCCCAGGGCCCCGCCCUGCCCUCAGGCGUCCGGCGCAGGGCCCUCGCACAGCUGGCCGGACCCCUUCCACCUGCCCCUGCAGAGGGCACCCCAGAGCCCCGGCAGCCUGUGGGCUGGGCCAUGUCCGCACCUCCCCGCCUCUGUUCCUCUGUAAACUGCAGAUGAUGUAAAUUCUCUCUGGUGGCUGUUCGCACUGGGGCCUCCUUUAUCUUUCUGUUUGUACGGCCAGGCAGUCGCCAGCUGGGUGGCUCUGUCAGCCACAUUCUUGGGAACCCCGUUUCCAGAGCACCCAGUGGUCCCUCUCUGGGGUUUCCCCUGGUGUCCCCUAGGGGUUCGGGGCCUUGGUGAAGGGACCCCUGCCUGCAGUUCCCGCUCCCGCCACAGGUGGCGCCCUCUCAAAGCCUGGUUGCCCAGCCUGAGCUCUGGAAAGAGACAGCCACCCCAGAAAGGGCUCAGCACCCCCCAAUGAACCCAGUGCACAGCUCACAGCUGGGGCGCUCGUGGAACCAGCCAGGAUGGGGGCAGAGCAGGCUGCCCCCAGGAGCAGGCCCCUCUCCGUGAAGAUGGGGAGAGGGGGAGACCUCCCGAGGUCACAGCAAGACGGUAGCAAGGGUGGCCCCAGAGCCAGGCCUCUGCCCUUCAAGCAGGGCGGCCUCAGCUGCUCAGGCAGCAAGGCAGGGACACGGGCAGCGGGGCCUUCACCUUUUGCCUUGGAAUGGAGUCAGUGCCCCCUCCUCCUCCUCCUUCCCCACCCACUCCGGCCCAGGUUCUGAGAGCCACGCCAGGGCCCAGGCUGGUACCGGGCUGACACUCCUCUUCCAGAGGAAGAGGCGCGGCCUGUCAGGGGUGCCCAGGGAUGGGCUCUCACACCAGAGCGCUCCGUCUUCGCCUUGUGGGUGGCCCUUGGCAUCCGCCUGGUCACAGAUGGGACUCAGGGACAGCAGGCACCCAGCCUGGCCGCACUAACACCUCUCCCACGGCUGCCUGCCCUGGACCCCCGCCCUGUGCACUUACUUCCUCCAGGGGGAGGGACUGGGGACAGGGACCCAGAGCGGCAGAGGCUGAGGCUCUCUCACACCACCUCCGUGGCCUGCACACCUCUGUCUAGACACCUGCGCAGGGACCUGCCUCCUGCAGGCCACCGCCUGUCCUGCCCAAGUGCGGGACUCCCUGAGCACAGUCCUGGCUCGGCCAGCACGGGGCCGCCUGCCUCCCGGUGUCUGCAGGGCCGGUGCAGGCUUGGACCUUCCCUGCCGCUCAGCUCCGCUUUCUCGGCUGUGUGUGUCGGGGCCUCCCUUAGUUAUCUGUGUUUUCCUCGUAUUUUAUGUUAUUAUUUCUGUUCAGCACAUCUUGGGUGUGUGGCCCCAGGACCCUGGGAAUGAGAUGUCACCCGACAUAACCCUGUCGCCCCCAUCUCCGUAACCAUAGAGGUGAUCAAUACUUAGGUCUGCGGCCUCACAGAUGGUCACGAAGGCGCGUGUGCCCGAGGCACAGGCUCUCCCGUGGGCUGCAGGGCAGGUGCUGGACGGAAGGUGGUGUCCAGUGUGUCCCCCACCCUGAUGGGGUCCCACCCAUGGUAUAUGCACAUAACAGAGGCCAUGCAUUCUUUCUUAUUUUUCCUUUUUAAAAAUCAAUAAAUCAUUUGUGAUGCUUUUAACAAA